GAAGGUGAUACUGAUUCAUCUUAUUGGGCAAUCGCUGGCGAUCCAAAUCUUCCUAACACUCAAGCAUUUCAAGCAAUUGUUACCGAUAAACAAUUUUAUGAUAAAAACAUUUUCAAAUUCGCACCAUUUGAUUUCUUCUGUUUUGAUGAGAAAUUUAAACCUAAAUUAAAGAAUAAAGCUGAAGAAAAAGCACAUGAGAAGAAGUUAUUGGGUUUAGCAAUUGAGAAACAAGGUGAUAACAUGGUUGCUUUAUGCCCCAAGUGUUAUACAUCAUUCAACGGUUCAAUUGAUGGAAGUGAUUUUAAAAAGAUUGCACAAAAAAUGAAAGGUGUUAGUUUACGACAAAAUAAACAAUUAACACCUAAAAAUUAUUUGGAUAUAAUAAAUGAUAAAGUGAUAUUUGAUGGUCAGAAUAUUAAUUUACAACUUAAAAACGGGUCAAUGACUCGCUUAACAAUCGGUAAGACUGCAUUAACAGGAGCACACACUAAGGCUGUAUGUUGUGAAAAUGGAUGUUGUAUGCCAUUUAUUUAA